AUGGGCCAGACCACAUCUGCAAAAGCUGCCACCAUCAAGUCCCAGCUCCAGCAGGCCCAGUCCAUCCAGCAGACCGCAAACUCCAGCUCCGUCGAGUCGGCGUUUUCCGCCAUUUCGAGCAUCUUCCAGAACGGCGUGUCCGACCUGGCGCAGGCUGUCGAGGAGCUGCUCUCGCAUGGCCUGCUCACGGGCUCCCUGCUGGACUUGCUGAACGGCUAUGCGGACUUUUCCCUCAACUCCGACAGCAACAACAACCCUAAGUCUCCAGCCACGCCGAUUUACCCGUCCAAAGCCUCCGGAGAUGCCCCGUAUACCGUCGACGAGGAUACCCUGCGAGCGGCCAUCUACAUUCCAGAGUCGUUUUCCUACGGUGCCAACGGCAAGAUGCCCGUCAUUCUCGUCCCUGGGACAGCCAUCCCUGCCGGCAUGAUUAAGCUGGGCAGCGCCGCAAACGUGGACCCAGUCUGGGUCAACAUCCCCAAGGCCUCGCUGGGUGAUGUCAGAGUCAACUCGGAGUACGUCGCGUACGCGAUCAACUACAUCUCGGGCGUCUCAGCCUCGUCCAACGUCUCGGUGAUAUCCUGGUCCCAGGGCGGCAUCAACACGCAGUGGGCGCUGAAAUACUGGCCGUCCACCCGGUCCGUCGUCUCGGACUUCAUCGCCCUCAGCCCGGACUUCCACGGCACCAUCGAGUCCAUCCUCGUCUGUCCGGGCUUCGUC